GACAGUCAGCGACAUGAACAGGGAAGGAUGAUGAAGCUAAGAUGGCAGCGCUACUAGGGGUGCUGUCUUUACGGGGUCAAGAAAAACAGCAGGAAUAAACGCAGAGCACGGACGUCAGCUCGCGCAUUUGAGUUAUUUCACUUCGGCCAAUUGAACGUGGUUGGAUCGCCUGCAAUCGGGGAAAUAACGGUUGAUUCGGCCGAUCCGGCGCAGGAAGGGACGCGUAUUUCGCAGUCGCAGCAGAGCGGCUAACCGUAAACGUCGUUUCAAUCGGGGAUACUCGGAUGUAAUUCGCCGGGCGUUUUGCGGGUUUGCAGAGAGGAUUUAUGGAGUGCGACUGGGACUUUUAGCUCUGUUGAUUGACAGUGUAAUCUAAUAUAUGCGUUGUUCCCCUAAACGAUGAUGUGUGCUGCUGCGGCAGCGGGUGCCGGUGGAAGCGGGAUUCUGUCCUCCUCAUCCCACUCCAUGGGGCUGGGUGUCAGGGUCAUCCCCGGAGCUGGAAACGAUUUCGCACCGAUCGGAUCAGGGAUGGGCUCCUGUCCCGUUGUAGGGGCCCGCUCGGAUUGUCGGAGCCGCUACCAGCUUCUUCUCUCAGGGCGAGCACUGGCGGAGCGGUACCGGAGGAUUUACACCACCGCGAUCAACGACAAAGAGCAGGGGCUCAACCUCGGCAGGGGGAAGAAAGCUUUGAGCAAGAAGAAGCUAAAAAGGAGGCAAAAAGUCAAAUCAAAAGUAAAAACAAGAACAAAGACAGAUACUCUGGAUGGGGCCUUUCCAGUGCCUGACAUCAAACUCCACAGCAAUCCCUCUGCAUUCAAUGUCUACUGUAAUGUACGGCACUGCGUGCUGGAUUGGCAGCAGAAAGAGGCCGCAUUGGCCCUCGCCUCUCGAAACUCUGUGCAGAGCGGUGACUCUGACAGUGAGGAAGAGGAGGAGUACCGCGAACCUUUUGUCAAACUGCCGAAGAUCAUUGGGAUUGGACUGUGUGGAGUGUUUGAGCUCAUCAAAGAGACCCGUUUCUCGCACCCGUCACUGUGCUUACGGAGCCUUCAGGCCCUUCUAGAUAUGCUCCAGGGACAGCAGCCAGAGAGCUUUCAGACCGAACCACCAGAUGUGCUGGAGUCUCUGUUCCACCUUCUGUUGGAGACAACGGUGCGGAGCACAGGGAUGAAUGACCCCACUGGUCAGACCCUGACAGCGUUAUCCUGCGCCUGCCUCUUCAGCCUGGUGGUGGCUUGGGGAGACACCGGCAAAACCCUACAGGCUGUGUCUGCUAUCCUCACCAACAAUGGCAGUCAUGCAUGCCAGACCAUCCAGGUUCCAACAAUCCUGAAUGCACUACAGAGAAGUGUGCAGGCGGUUCUGGUGGGGAAGAUUCAGAUCCAGGAAUGGUUCGGAAAUGGCAUCAAGCGAGCUGCACUGAUGAACAAAUGGGUUCUGAAGGAGGUGAACAUCGAUGACGACGAACACUGUCUUCUUCAAACAGAUGGUUCCUUUCUUUACCUGCUCUGUAAAGAUGGCCUCUACAAAGUAGGCUCAGGAUACAGUGGCACCGUUCGGGGCCAUGUAUACAACUCCACAUCACGUAUCAGGAACCGUAAGGAGAAAAGGUCAUGGCUGGGAUUCGCCCAGGGUUGUUUGCUAUAUCGAGACAUGAACAGUCACAACAUGGCAGCCAUAAAGAUCAACCCAGAGACUCUGGAGCAGGAGGGCACCAUCACAGUGCCUGGUCUGCAAGCAGAUGGACAGAACAUCAUAUUCACUGACGGAGAAUAUAUCAACCAGAUUGCAGCCUGCAAAGAUGAUGGCUUUGUGGUGCGGAUCUAUGCUACCAGCUCAGACCCAGCUUUACAGCAGGAGCUGCAGCUCAAACUGGCCAGGAAGUGUCUUCAUGCCUGUGGGAUUUCCCUCUUCGACCUGGAGAAAGAUCUUCAUAUCAUCAGCACAGGGUUUGAUGAGGAAGCAGCCUUGAUUGGAGCUGGCAGAGAGUUUGCUUUGAUGAAAACUGCAUCUGGCAAGAUCUACUAUACUGGAAAGUAUCAGAGCCUCGGUAUCAAACAGGGCGGACCAUCGUCUGGGAAGUGGGUGGAGUUGCCUGUCACCAAAUCACCCAAGAUUGUGCAGUUCUCAGUGGGACAUGACGGCUCCCACGCCCUGCUGGUGGCGGAGGAUGGGAGCGUCUUCUUCACGGGCUCCGCCAGCAAAGGGGAGGACGGAGAGUCAACAAAGAGCAGAAGACAACCAAAGCCCUACAAACCCAAGAAGAUGAUCAAACUCGAAACCAAGAUGGCCGUUUACACAGCCUGCAACAACGGCAGUAGCAGCAUCGUCACUAAAGAUGGAGAGCUCUACAUGUUUGGCAAGGAUGCCAUUUACAGUGACAGUACCUGCCAGGUAUCAGAUUUGAAGGGACACUUUGUAACUCAGGUAGCCAUGGGAAAAGCUCACACCUGUGUCCUGACCAAGAGCGGGGAGGUUUGGACCUUUGGAGUGAACAACAAAGGCCAGUGUGGUCGAGACACUGGAGCUAUGAGCCAGGCAGGGAAAGCGUUUGGAGUGGAGAACAUGGCCACCGCUAUGGACGAGGACCUGGAGGACGAGCUGGACGAGAAGGAGGAAAAGUCUAUGAUGUGUCAGCCUGGCAUGCACAAGUGGAAGCUGGACCAGUGUAUGGUGUGCACUGUGUGUGGAGACUGCACUGGAUAUGGGGCCAGCUGUGUGAGCAGUGGCCGACCUGACAGAGUGCCAGGAGGGAUCUGUGGCUGUGGCUCUGGCGAGUCGGGCUGUUCGUCAUGUGGCUGCUGUAAGGCUUGUGCCAGAGAGCUGGAUGGUCAGGAAGCCAGACAGAGAGGAAUCUUUGAUGCUGUGAAGGAAAUGAUACCGCUGGACCUGCUGUUAGGCGUCAAUAUAGAGGAGCACAUCCAGAUUCGACAGGAGGAGAAGAGACAGCGCAUCAACCGCCGCCACCGGCUGGAGGAGGGCCGAGGCCCCCUUGUUUUCCCUGGUCCCCUUUUUAUGAACCAGCGUGAGCAGGUGCUAGCCAGACUAAGACCUCUUCAGGCUGUUAAGCUAAUGCGGGAGAAACUAAAAGAUGGCAGCAGUGAACGCGGGGACAAAGAUGCCAGUAAGAUCACUACAUAUCCUCCCGGGGCCGUUCGUUUCGACUGUGAGCUGCGAGCUGUGCAGGUCAGCUGUGGUUUCCACCACUCCGUUGUUUUAAUGGAGAAUGGCGAUGUUUACACUUUCGGUUAUGGACAACAUGGACAACUUGGACAUGGAGAUGUUAAUUCUAGGGGGUCUCCCACUUUGGUGCAAGCUUUGCCUGGCCCCAGUACUCAGGUGACAGCAGGCAGUAACCACACUGCAGUGCUUCUCAUGGAUGGACAGGUCUUCACCUUCGGGAGCUUCUCAAAAGGACAAUUAGGGCGGCCCAUCCUAGACAUGCCCUACUGGAAUGCCAAGCCCUCUCCAAUGCCCAACAUUGGUGCCAAAUACGGUCGAAAGGCCACGUGGAUUGGAGCCAGCGGCGAUCAGACCUUCCUUCGAAUCGACGAAGCGCUGAUCAACUCUCACGUUCUGGCCACCUCUGAGAUUUUUGCCAACAAACACAUCAUUGGUUUGGUUCCAACGUCUAUAUCUGAACCUCCUCCUUUUAAAUGCCUGCUGAUCAACAAACUGGAUGGGAGCUGCCGCACAUUCAAUGACUCCGAGCAGGAGGAUCUCCAGGGGUUUGGCCUCUGCUUGGAUCCUGUCUAUGAUGUCAUUUGGAGGUUUCUCCCUGUCACGCGGGAGAUGUGCUGCUAUAACGCUGUGAUAGCAGAUGCUCGUGUGCCCACUGCCUCCGACAUCCAGGCCCUCUGCAGCAUCCUGAGCCCUGAACUGGCUCUGCCCUCAGGAUCCCAUGCCAGCACCACCCGCUCCCAUGGAGCUCUGCACAUCCUGGGUUGUCUUGACACACUGGCUGCUAUGCAGGAGCUGAAGAUGGGUGUUGCCAGCGCUGAGGAGGAGACCCAGGCUGUUAUGAAAGUCUACUCAAAAGAGGAUUACAGUGUCGUCAACCGCUUUGAGAGUCAUGGAGGAGGCUGGGGUUACUCUGCCCAUUCAGUGGAGGCCAUCCGCUUCUGCGCUGAUGCUGACAUCUUGUUAGGGGGUUUGGGUCUUUUUGGUGGUCGAGGAGAAUACACUGCAAAGAUCAAGCUGUUUGAGCUGGGUCCAGAUGGAGGAGACCAUGAAACUGAUGGAGACCUUCUGGCAGAGACGGAUGUUCUGGCAUAUGACUGUGCUGCUCGGGAGAAGUACGCCAUGAUGUUCGAUGAGCCUGUGCUGCUUCAGUUGGGCUGGUGGUACGUGGCGUGGGCACGUGUGUCUGGACCGAGCAGUGACUGCGGUUCCCACGGCCAGGCCACAAUCACCACGGAUGAUGGUGUGGUCUUUCAGUUCAAGAGCUCAAAAAAAUCAAACAAUGGUACUGAUGUGAAUGCUGGACAAAUACCUCAGCUGUUGUACAGGUUGCCUUCUAAUGAUGGAAACGCUUCCAAAGGAAAGCAGCAGACCAGUGAACCUGUACACAUCCUCAAGCGCACUUUUGCCAGGACCGUGUCUGUGGACUGUUUCGAGUCUCUGCUGAGUAUCCUGCACUGGAGCUGGACCACGCUAGUGUUGGGAGUGGAGGAGUUGAGGGGAUUGAAGGGUUUCCAGUUCACAGCUACCCUUCUUGACCUCGAGCGCCUGCGGUUUGUGGGCACCUGCUGCCUGCGACUGUUGCGAGUCUACAUCUGUGACAUCUUCCCCAUUUCUGCCAGCACCAAAGCGAUUGUGGAGGAGUCCAGCAAGCUGGCGGAGUGUGUGGGAAAAACACGUAGCCUACUGAAGAAGAUCCUGUCAGAAGGAAUGGACAACUGCUUGACCAAGCUGGACAACGACCCACAGGGAUAUUUGAGUCAACCGCUCACGCUGCUGGAGGCUGUGCUGCAAGAGUGUCAUAACACUUUCACAGCCUGCUUUCACUCCUUCUACCCGACUCCGGCUCUGCAGUGGGCCUGUCUCUGCGACCUACUCAACUGCCUGGACCAGGACAUUCAAGAGGCAAACUUCCGCACAUCGAGCAGUCGUCUGCUGGCUGCGGUGAUGUCAGCGCUGUGCAACACAUCGGUCAAGCUGACCUCCAUCUUGCCCAUUGCGUAUGAUGGGGAGGUGUUACUCCGCUCUCUCGUCAAGCAGGUCAGCACAGAGAAUGACUCUGCCCUUGCUCACCGCUUCCCCCUGCUGGUGGCACACAUGGAGAAACUCAGCCACACGGAAGAGAAUCUCAUGGGCAUGACAACAUUCCGGGAGGUUCUGGAGAAGAUGCUGGUCAUUGUAGUGCUUCCUGUGAGGAAGAGUCUUAGGAAAGAGAUCGAGCUCUUUUCUCCUCAUCUCGUGUCCAACACCUGUGGUCUGCUGGCCAGUAUUGUCAGCGAGCUCACCGCAUCUGCUCUAGGUUCUGAGGUUGAUGGUCUGAACUCCCUGCACUCUGUGAAAGCCACCCCCAACCGCUUCACCAAAACCAGCCAGGGACGCAGCUGGAACACUGGGAAUGGCUCCCCCGAUGCCAUCUGCUUCACCGUGGACAAGCCAGGGGUGGUGCUGGUGGGUUUCUGUGUGUACGGCGGAGGAGGCAUUCAUGAGUAUGAGCUGGAGGUGCUCGCUGAUGAUGCUCAGACGGAGCACCCUGGAGAUUCCGCCCACUCCCACAGAUGGACGUCUCUAGAACUGGUCAAAGGCACUUACAGCACUGAUGACUCCCCCAGUGACAUCGCCGAGAUCCGUCUGGACAAAGCUGUUCCUCUGAAGGAAAAUGUGAAAUACGCCGUUCGUCUGCGUAACUAUGGCAGCCGCACAGCCAAUGGGGACGGAGGCAUGACCACCGUGCAAUGCUCUGAUGGAGUCGCCUUUACCUUCAGCACCUGCAGCUUGAGCAGCAAUGGCACCAAUCAGACCAGAGGCCAGAUCCCUCAGAUUCUUUAUUACAGGAGUGAAUAUGAUGGUGAUCUUCAGUCACAGCUGCUAAGCAAAGCCAAUGAAGAGGACAAGAAUUGCAGUCGAGCCCUCUCUGUAGUCAGCGUAGUUGUACGGGCAGCCAAAGACCUCCUUCAUAGGGCCUUUGCUGUGGAUGUUGAAGAUAUUCCAGAGCUGUUGAGUUCCUCCAGUCUUUUUUCAAUGCUGCUUCCACUUAUUUUGGCAUAUAUUGGUCCUGUGGCUGCCUCUGUUCCUAAGGCUGCGGUGGAGGUGUUUGGUUUGGUUCAGGAACUUCUUCCAGCUGUUUCUGCCCUGAACCAGAAAUAUGCCCCGCCCACCUUCAACCCUAACCAAUCCACUGACAGCACUACUGGGAACCAGCCAGAGCAGGGCCUGUCAGCUUGUACCACAUCCAAUCAUUAUGCUGUUCUAGAGAGCGAUCACCCCUACAAGCAGGCUGGUGUCACUCAAUACAAGGUUUCAUUCCCAGACUGUGUUCGCUGGAUGACAGUUGAGUUUGAUCCUCAGUGUGGUACAGCUCAGCCAGAAGAUGUCCUCCGUCUCCUGAUCCCCAGCCGAUCGCUGCACUUCUCCGGGCUCAGCUCCAAAGCUCUGGCUCACGAGACCAUCAACAGCUGGACUGAGCUCAAGAAGUUCUCUGGCUCAAGUGGCUGGCCCACGGCUGUCUUAGUGCUGCCAGGUAACGAAGCCCUUUUCUCCUUGGAAACUGCAUCGGAUUAUGUGAAGGAUGAGAAAGCCUCUUUCUACGGAUUCAAAUGUGUAGCUGUCGGUUACGAGUUUAACCCUGGACUUGAUGAGGGAAUUAUUCAGUUGGAGAAGGAAUUGGCCUAUUUAGGAAGCGUGUGUGCGGCUGCUCUCAUGAAAAAGGAUCUUGCCCUACCCAUAGGAAAUGAACUGGAGGAGGAUUUGGAGAUUUUAGAGGAGGCCUCACUCCAGGUUUGUAAAUCCCACUCCGGGCUCCUGGGGAAGGGACUGGCUCUGUCUCAUUCUCCCACCAUCCUAGAAGCACUGGAAGGGAACUUGCCAUUGCACCUGCAGACCAACGAACACUCCUUCCUAGAGGACUUCAUCACCUGCGUGCAGAGCUCCAGUGGCGGGCGACUCGCCAGGUGGCUUCAGCCAGACUCCUACGCAGACCCUCAGAAGACAUCACUGAUCCUAAACAAAGAUGACAUCCGCUGUGGCUGGCCCACUACUGUUGUGGUCCAGACCAAAGAUCAGUAUGGAGAUGUUGUGCAUGUGCCGAACAUGAAGGUUGAAGUCAAAGCUGUUCCCGUCUCUCAGAAGAAGUCCAUCCAGCAGGAGAACAUGAAGAAAUUGCAGCGUUUGCCAGGCACUUCCUCUAAUUCUGCAACAGGCACUGAUCUCACAUUUGGUGGUCAUCCAGCACCCAAACUGGAGGCGACAUACGAGCCCAUGAUCAUCAAAGAGGCCCGUUAUAUCGCCAUCACUAUGAUGAAGGCAUAUGAAAAUUACUCCUUUGAGGAACUUCGCUUUGCUUCACCAACACCAAAAAGGCCCAGUGAGAACAUGCUUAUCCGGGCCAACACAGAUGGCACUUACAGCGCUAACUGGACCCCUGGUGCUGUUGGACUAUAUACCAUUCAUGUUACCAUCGAUGGCAUCGAGAUCGAUGCUGGUCUGGAGGUCGAGGUCAAAGACCCACCCAAAGGAAUGAUCCCUCCUGGCACACAGAUGGUCAAACCUAAAGCUGAACCUCAACCUAGCAAGGUGCGCAAAUUUGUGGCCAAGGACAGCGCAGGGCUGCGUGUGCGUAGUCACCCUUCUCUGCAGAGCGAACAGAUAGGCAUAGUCCAAGUCAAUGGCACCAUCACAUUCAUUGACGAGAUCCACAAUGAUGAUGGUGUCUGGCUCAGACUGAAUGAUGAGACAGUAAAGAAGUAUGUUCCCAACAUGAAUGGCUACACUGAAGCCUGGUGCCUCUCUUUUAACCAGCAUCUGGGCAGAAGCCUCCUGGUCCCUGUCGACGUGAUAAACUCGGAGGGCACCUGGGUGCAGCUGGAUAAGAACAGUGUGGUGGAGUUCUGUGAAAGUGAUGAAGGCGAGGCCUGGUCUCUGGCCAGAGACAGAGGGGGGAACCAAUACCUGCGGCACGUUGAAGAGCAAGCUGUUUUGGAGCACGGAGCACAGACGCCUCCUCCCAGCCCAUUCUCUGUUCAGGCGUUUAACAGAGGCAUGGCCAGCUCAGGAGCUCAAGGCUUUGACUACGGCAUCUCCAACAACAAAGGUGACAGAGAUAACAUGGCCAGUUGGUCUGUGUCUCCAGGCAGCAAACAUCGUCAAGAGAGCCGAUCCUCCAAAACCGACAGCCACUCAAACCGAUCUGUUGACCAGGUGAAGAGCAAGAACAACGAGAGUCUGUCUGCCAGCGAAGCCCUCAUUCUGAAAUCAGAUACAGGCAAAUUGCGGUCUGACUCUCACAGCCGCUCCCAUUCUCCUAACCACAACACUCUUCAAGCCCUGAAAGCUGAUGGCAGAACCUCAGGACUUAGGGCUGAGUCUCCAAACCCUGGCUCCCGAUCCUCCUCACCAAAACAAAAGACCUUCACUUCAGGGAGAUCUAGCCCUUCUAGCACCAGUUCCCCACGCUCAUCAUCUCCUCAUGAUAAGAACCUGCCCGCCAAAGUUAGUCCCUCUAAAGUUCACCUGGAUCCACCACGCGAGAGAUCCAAAUCGGACUCUUAUACACUAGAUCCUGACACUCUUAGAAAGAAGAAGGUCCCUCUUAUGGAACCUCUAAGGGGCAGGUCUACAUCCCCAAAGCCAAAACUCCCACCCAAAGAGAGCAAAGGAGGUAGCAGCAAUGCAGAAAACCGAGCCCCUUCUCCCCAUGUAGUUCAGGAAAAUCUCCACAGUGAAGUAGUGGAGGUAUGUCGGUCUAGCGCCUUGCUAUCCAACGAUGAAGGCAAUGAUGAGAAUUCAGAGUUGCACAAUGCUGAAGAAGGCUCCUCCAAGGUCCAUUUUAGCAUUGGAAAAGCACCAGUCAAGGAAGAACUUGAAAGUCGCUCUUCACCCAAAGUCAGCCGUAAAACCUCUAGCAGGCAUGUAAGACCCAAAAAAGACAAAUCAGGGCCACUCUUUAAGGGGGAAAAUGUGCGUCCCACUGAACCUGCCAAGCAAGCCAUGUCACCUUCUGUCGCUGAAUGUGCCCGUGCUGUUUUUGCUGCCUUUCUGUGGCAUGAGGGUAUUGUACAUGAUGCCAUGGCAUGCUCUUCUUUCCUCAAGUUCAACCCUGAGCUGACCAAAGAACAUGCACCUAUCCGUAAUUCCCUCAGCUGCCAACAAGGUUUUGAUGAAAAAGAGAGCAAACUGAAGAACCGGCACUCUCUGGAGAUCUCCUCAGCCCUCAACAUGUUUAACAUAUCACCACAUGGCCCAGACAUUUCCAAGAUGGGUAGCAUAAACAAGAACAAGGUCCUUUCCAUGCUAAAAGAGCCACCCUUGCCUGAGAAGUGUGAGGAUGGAAAGGAAUCUGUCUCUUAUGAGAUGACCAGUCACUCCUCCAUGAGGUCAAAAUCCAUUUUGCCUCUUACUCUCCAGCACUUAGUAGCCUUCUGGGAGGACAUAUCAAUGGCUACCAUAAAAGCGGCAACACAGAACAUGAUCUUCCCAAGUCCAGGAUCCAGUGCUAUCCUUAAAAAGAAGGAGAAUGAAAAGGACAGCAAAAAGACAAAGAAAGAGAAGAAGAAAAAGGAGAAAGCUGAGGUACGCCCUAGGGGAAACCUCUUUGGGGAGAUGGCGCAGUUAGCUAUGGGAGGUCCAGAAAAGGAUACCAUCUGUGAGCUCUGUGGAGAGUCUCAUCCAUACCCUGUUACAUACCACAUGCGGCAGGCCCACCCAGGAUGUGGUAGGUAUGCUGGAGGUCAAGGCUAUAACAGUAUUGGUCACUUCUGUGGAGGCUGGGCUGGAAACUGUGGUGAUGGUGGGAUUGGUGGAAGCACCUGGUACUUGGUGUGUGAUCGUUGCCGAGAGAAGUAUCUGAGAGAAAAACAAACAGCUGCUAGAGAAAAGGUUAAGCAGUCGAGGAAGAAACCUCUCCAGGUGAAAACGCCACGAGCUCUGCCUACAAUGGAGGCCCACCAAGUGAUCCGUGCGAAUGCACUUUUCCUUCUUUCUCUAAGCAGUGCUGCUGAACCUAGCCUGCUUUGCCAUCACCCACCCAAACCUUUCCACAGUCAUCUGCCAAGCCUCAAGGAGGGAGUGUCUGAGGAACUACCCAACAAGAUGGGCUGCCUCUAUUUGCAAACCCUAGCCCGCCAACACACAGAGAACUUUGGAGUCUAUCAAGAUGACAACCUUUUUCAGGAUGAGAUGCGUUACCUGCGGUCUACUUCAGUUCCUGCUCCUUAUAUCUCAGUCACUCCAGAUGCCUGCCCCAAUGUUUUUGAAGAGCCAGGAAGUAACAUGAAGUCCAUGCCACCAAGUUUGGAGACAAGUCCAAUCACAGACAGUGACACAGCCAAGCGAACAGUAUUCCAGCGCUCAUAUUCAGUAGUGGCCUCUGAGUAUGAUAAGCAACACUCAGCCUCUCCAGCAAGGGUUAAAGCAGUGCCAAGACGAAGAGUUCACAGUGGAGAUGCAGAAGUUGGGUCAUCGUUGCUUCGUCAUCCUUCUCCUGAGUUGUCUCGACUGAUCUCAGCCCACGGCUCUCUCAGCAAGGGUGAACGGAACUUUCAGUGGCCUGUGUUGGCAUUUGUCAUCCAGCAUCAUGACCUAGAGGGCCUGGAGGUGGCUAUGAAGCAUGCACUCCGCAAAUCAGCCUGCAGGGUGUUCGCCAUGGAGGCGUUUAAUUGGCUGCUGUGUAACGUUACGCAAACCACCUCCCUCCAUGAUAUUCUGUGGCACUUUGUGGCAUCUCUGACUCCUUCUCCUUUUGAGACUGAAGAAGAGGAGGAUGAAGAGAACAAAGGGAACAAGGAGAACCUUGAACAGGAGAAAGAUUUAGGUGUCUGUGAGCACCCCCUGUCUGACAUUAUCAUCGCCGGAGAAGCAGCUCACCCGCUCCCUCACACUUUCCACUGUCUUCUCCAGACCAUAUCUGACCUUAUGAUGUCACUUCCCAGUGGAAGCUCACUUCAGCAGAUGGCCCUGAGAUGUUGGAGCCUUAAAUUCAAACAGUCAGAUCAUCAGUUCCUGCACCAGAGUAACGUAUUUCACCACAUCAACAACAUCCUCUCUAAAUCAGAUGAUGGGGACAGCGAGGAGAGUUUUAACAUCAGCGUACAGUCAGGAUAUGAAGCCAUUAGUCAGGAACUUUGUGUGGUGACCUGUCUGAAAGAUCUGACUAGCGUGGUGGACAUUAAAACAUCCAGUCGGCCAGCCAUGAUUGGCAGCCUGACUGAUGGCUCCACUGAGACAUUCUGGGAGUCUGGGGAUGAAGAUAAGAACAAAACGAAGAGUAUCACUAUCAGCUGUGUGAAAGGCAUCAAUGCGUCAUAUGUCUCUGUCCAUGUUGACAACUCUCGUGAUAUUGGAAACAAAGUCACAUCAAUGAUAUUUCUGUGUGGGAAGGCUGUGGAAGAUCUCUGCAGAAUAAAACAGAUUGACUUGGACUCGAGGCACAUGGGCUGGGUGACUAGCGAGCUGCCCGGAGGGGACCAUCAUGUGAUCAAGAUUGAGCUUAAGGGUCCUGAGAACACGCUUAGGGUACGGCAGGUCAAAGUACUUGGCUGGAAGGAGGGGGAGAGCAUCAAGAUCGCUGGGCAGAUAUCAGCCAGUGUGGCCCAGCAGAAGAAUUGUGAGGCUGAGACGCUGCGUGUCUUCCGACUCAUCACAUCACAGGUAUUUGGGAAACUAAUAUGUGGGGAUGCAGAACCAACACCAGAACAAGAAGAAAAGAACCUGCUCUCCUCACCUGAGGGUGAGGACAAGGCUCCAUCUGAUGCAGACUUAAAGGAACACAUGGUUGGCAUUAUUUUCAGCAGGAGCAAACUGACCAACCUUCAGAAACAGGUGUGUGCCCAUAUUGUCCAAGCCAUUCGUAUGGAGGCCACACGAGUGCGGGAAGAAUGGGAACAUGCCAUCUCCAGCAAAGAGAAUGCAAACUCUCAGCCCAGCGACGAUGACGCGUCUUCUGAUGCUUACUGCUUUGAGUUGUUGUCUAUGGUGCUGGCCUUGAGUGGAUCUAAUGUUGGUCGCCAGUAUUUAGCCCAGCAGCUCACGCUGCUGCAGGACCUCUUUUCCCUUCUUCACACCGCCUCGCCACGUGUCCAGAGACAGGUGACGUCACUGCUCAGGCGUGUUCUUCCUGAGGUCACACCCAUGCGCUUGGCCAGUGUUAUCGGUGUAAAGGCGCUGCCACCGGCUGACAUCAGUGACAUCAUUCACUCUACUGAGAAGGGCGACUGGACCAAGCUCGGUAUUUUAGAUAUGUUCCUGGGCUGCAUCGCCAAGGCCCUCACUGUGCAGCUCAAGGCCAAGGGCACCACUAUUGUUGGCACAGCUGGCAUGGCUGCGGGCAAAGGGGUCACUACAGUCACCUUGCCCAUGAUCUUCAACUCAAGUUAUAUACGACGCGGAGAAAGUCAUUGGUGGAUGAAGGGCUCUACUCCACCUCAGAUUGCUGAAAUUAUCAUUAAACUAGUCAAAGACAUGGCUGCUGGACACCUCUCAGAUGCCUGGUCCAGGGUGACUAAGAAUGCCAUUGCAGAGACCAUCAUUGCACUCACAAAGAUGGAAGAGGAACAUCGCUCUCCAGUUCGCUGCAUUGCCACUACACGGCUGUGGCUUGCAUUGGCCUCUCUGUGUGUUCUGGAUCAGGACCACGUGGACCGACUGUCUUCUGGUCGCUGGAUGGGCAAAGAUGGGCAGCAGAAGCAGAUGCCUAUGUGUGAUAACCAUGACGACGGCGAGACGGCAGCCAUCAUUCUGUGUAAUGCAUGUGGAAAUCUGUGCACUGAUUGUGACCGCUUCCUCCAUCUCCACCGGCGCACACGUACCCAUCAGAGACAGGUUUUCAAAGAGGAGGAGGAGGCCAUUAAAGUGGACCUACAUGAAGGCUGUGGUAGAACCAAACUCUUUUGGCUCAUGGCAUUGGCAGAUUCCAAGACCAUGAAGGCCAUGGUGGAGUUCCGUGAACACACAGGUAAACCAGCUUCCAGCAGUUCAGACGCCUGCCGCUUCUGUGGCACUAGGCACGGCACAGAACUGUCUGCAGUGGGAAGUGUAUGUUCAGACCAAGACUGUCAGGAGUACGCAAAACUGGCCUGCAGUAAGACUCAUCCAUGUGGUCACCCAUGUGGAGGGGUCAAAAAUGAGGAUCUGUGUCUUCCCUGUCUGCAUGGUUGUGACAAAACCGCAACCUGUUUGAAACAGGACGCUGAUGAUAUGUGCAUGAUUUGCUUCACUGAGGCUCUGUCUGCUGCCCCAGCAAUCCAGCUGGACUGCAGUCACGUUUUUCAUCUUCAGUGCACAAGAAGAGUUCUGGAGAACCGCUGGCUUGGACCCAGGAUAACCUUCGGGUUUAUGUCUUGCCCUAUUUGUAAGAACAAAAUAAACCAUUUGGUUUUAAAAGACUUGCUGGACCCCAUUAAAGAGCUGUACGAAGAUGUGAGGAGAAAGGCUUUAAUGAGACUGGAGUAUGAAGGCCUACACAAGAGUGAAGCCAUCACAAUGUCUGGAGCUCGAUUCUUCAACAACCCUGCAGGAUUUGCCAUGAAUAGAUAUGCAUACUACGUCUGCUUCAAAUGCAAAAAGGCCUAUUUCGGGGGAGAAGCUCGCUGUGAUGCCGAGGCAGGACAAGGCGAUGAUUAUGAUCCCCGUGAACUCAUCUGUGGAGCCUGUUCUGAUGUGUCUAGGGCACAGAUGUGCUCCAAACACGGGACUGAUUUCCUGGAGUAUAAAUGCCGUUACUGUUGCUCCGUGGCUGUGUUCUUCUGCUUCGGGACAACGCAUUUUUGCAACGCUUGUCAUGAUGACUUCCAGAGGAUGACCAGUGUCCCAAAAGAAGAGCUGCCUCAUUGUCCUGCUGGACCAAAAGGAAAACAGUUAGAGGGAAGCGAGUGUCCCCUGCACGUGGUACAUCCUCCCACUGGAGAAGAGUUUGCGCUGGGGUGUGGUGUGUGUAGAAAUGCACAUACCUUCUAAACAAACAACAACACUGGGGUCCUGUGUUGAUCUCUCUAAGUAUAUAUAUAUAUAUAUUCACCCCUCUGUGGCGGCCGAUUUCCUCUUCAGCUCAGUCUGAGAGCAGAUAUACUGGACGCUCCAUCCCAAGGGGGCUGUGACCAAUCACCUUGCUCCAGGGUGCAUCCUCCCUCUCUUUAGAUGCUGAAGAAUUAAAAAAAGAACAAAAACAUUUAUUUAAAAAAAAAAAAAAAACGUGACGUGUUUGCAUGCAGCCGUUGUAACCCUAGCGGCUUGUAUAAACGUUGCACACCUCCCGACCACUGAAGUGUAACAAUGUAUGGAGGACUUUUGGAACUGAAUUCAAGAGCACCGUGGAUGGGCCGUGAUUUCAGCUUCUCGAAUACAAAUUAAAGAUUCUAUUGUUGUAUGUAAACUGAAUUUGUUUUGGUAAUCUUGUACAGUAUACCUUCACUUUGGAGUGCAACAUGGUUUGACGGCUAAAGAUUCAAAACAAAAAAACAUGCUAUAAGAGGACUUUAGAAUGUCAUGCUGGAGGAAAAUAGUGUACGAUUUAUCUAAUCUUGUAUAUAAUGUCAGUAACCCCUUCAUAUGUGUAUUCCAAUGUUGCUACUCUACACUUCAGUUUGGUUUGAUAAUUCUGGGUUAUGUUUUGAGCCAGAACUUUUAAUGAAGUGCAAUACUGGGUGUGCCUCCUCGCAGAUGUAAACAUAUGGAAUGUAUGUCAAUAAAAGCCACUGUACAUUUUUAUACAGUGAUAAACACGCUGUCGUGUUUCACCCAUUCCCCUCCCCGGCAAGUAUGAUAUCAUUUCUGUAGUCAGAACGUUAUCGAGGGGCUUAUUGUCUGCGGUGUCUGCCCUUUUUGUCUCAAUGAUGUGGUUUAAACCCCUUUUUUCCUGUCAUGAAAAAAAAUAUAUCUAAAGGUGAGUAUGUUCUGCUUUUGUAUUGUAAGAACAGCACUCUUUGGGGCCAGUCUUCACACCAAAUCAAAGCAACGUGAGGCAACAUAAGAGAUAUAUUAGAAAUUGUGGCUAUUUAGUGGUUGUUUUGGAGGCAUAUGGGAGGAUAUUUUGGAGGUGUGAUAAACAGCUGCUGUAGAAAAAAAAAAGUAAAAGAAAAUUGCAACUUGUGAAUCUGCUUUGUAUUAUUAUCUGUGGAUGGAGCUGAAUGGUAAUAAUAAACCGGGUUCUCUGUUCAGCAAGGUACAUUACC